AUGAAGCAGCAAAACCAUCACCGCCAUUGUUAUGCGCCUCCCUGCUCCUGCAAUCGGACCGCCACCUCUUUACGAAACCCUAGUGUCGAGGAAGAAGGAUUCUACAUCAACGACGAAGAAGAAGAAUCAUUGUUGAAAACCCUAGCUCAUCACUUUCAUAGAUCUUAUAUCGUCGGAGAAGAAGGGUUAUCUGACAGCACUAAAUCUAUUCAAUAUAUGUUCGAUCUUCGUCUCCAAAUGUAUAUAGAGAAUGGUGGUGUGGGAACCAGAUCCGAUUCCAGAUUCAGAGGAGGAGUUCCUCAGUCGUCACCUCCACUGGUGGUGGUUUGGGUUCUUCAAAUGCCAUGUCAAUUUCCGGCACACCUCCCUCAAAACUUUGACCAUUCGUCGAUAAAGAGUGUGGAUUUCAAACUUCGACCAUUCGUCGAUAAAGAGUGUCGAUUUCAGCUGUGA